CGAAUUGCUUGAUCUGUGCUAUCCCUGUGCCCACCCUCUCCCCCUCACUGUUCUGCGACCAUUUGGACUAGCCAGCCUUCAGCAGCAGUUCUCUGAUGCCAGCAGGGAAAGCCACCGAACAGCAGCCACGACGCAGCAAGAGGAUCGCAGAUCGCCAACAGCAACAGCAACCUGCAGUUCGACAGCAGCCACAGACCAGCACUCAGAUGGCGAUCACGCCCAACAGCGGAACAUCAUCCGAGACUUCGACAUCUAGCAAUGCCGAACCAUUGCCGGUCUGUCCGGUUCAAGGGCCGAACGAGUCCAUCACGGACUACCUUCAGCGAGUGCAGACCUAUACGGCCGCACUAACCCUUGCCAAGGAACGGCAAGAUGCUGCCGAAGCAGACAAAAGGCGGCUGGCAGCAGAAGCUGCAGCCCAAGCCCAGCAACAAGCUGAGGCGGAGCAGUUGGCGGCCGACAAGCUCAACGCCGACAGUGCCGACCUUCUGAUCGCUCAACACAAUCAGUGGGCUGCUGUGCUCAACGGGGUGCGUUAUGUCCCCGUCGCAGGCGCCGAGCCGACGGCAGUACAACAGGAGAGACAUAACCUGACAGACAUUUUACCAUGCACGAUGCGUGCAGUCAUCUGGAACAGCACCAUGGGGGACCUUCAUUCCCGGUCUACACGGCAGCUGCAGCACGAUCUUAGCCAUAACGUGAAGACGUUGGCAGCAACCAUCAAGGUCGCGGACUCCCAGCUGCAACAGAUGGACUCCCGCAUUGCUGCUCUGGAGGCAAGGCCUUCCCAAGCAGUGCCAGGCUGCACGACAGACACGGCGAAGCAGCUCGGCGAGCGCAUCGACCAUGUCGUCACCAUCAUUGGCGAACUAGGUGCUUUCACUAGUCCGGACACGAUCAGCAGCACGGUGGCCGCCAUCAAGACGGACAUCACCAAACUGCAGACAAGACCGGACGCCGCUACAAAGAACUACAAGAUGCCGCACUUCAACAUCAGCAAGUUCGACGACUACAACAAGACGGACGCCUUGACAUGGUGGCAAGGCUUCCUCACGGAAGCAUCCUGCCGCACUGUCCCAGCUGAAGACAUGAUGAAGGCGCUCUACCUCGAACUGAUUGGAGGAGCACAGACAUGGAUGAACCAUCUUGCGGCCACCAAGAAAUGCACCAUCGCCGAACUCCACACGCACAUUACGUGGAAGGAGUUCGAGCAACUGUGGUUCACUCGCUUCAUGGUCCGCAACGUCGUGAAGGCAGCCAUGAACGAGGUUUACACAAGCUCACAAGGAAGCAUGCCAACUCGAGACUGGACGAUCAAGUGGCAGAAGAUAGUGACAACGCAAGGCUUCGAUUUGAGUUUUUCAAACCAACGAUCCGAGUUCUUCUCGCGAUCGUGCGCAGGACUGCAGUCGGCACUCGACAACGAGUACGACUAUGCCUCAUUCUAGGCCAUUCUGGAUCGUGCGAACCUGGUCAUCCAAACGGAUGACAAGGCCGCUAACGAACGGCAGUCCCAGCCGCACUAUGUGGCUAAGCAGG